AUGGCAACCGGAACUUGGAUGUUAUUGACAUGUGUCGCGUUUCUGGUCGUACACGGGACUCUGGGAGCGAAUUACACACAGCUUUUGGAGUUUUACAAAACCACCAUCACAGACGGCGCGUACAACAGUAAGGUUUUCCCUCGUGACACUCAGACCGACAUCAUAGAUGUUGACAUGGUAUUCUAUCUCUCGUCCAUAAAGGAAUUCAACGAGGUCUCAGGGACGCUUGAGUUGAUCGGUAUCCUUAAAAUUACUUGGACUGACCAGCUUAUUGGCGACCAGUAUGCUUGGGCAGUACAUGGUAACAUCAGCGAAAUUCUCAUCACUUCCUCCAACAUAUGGCUUCCAACAGUGACAAUAUUCAACUCUGUGUCCAAAAUUAAAGUUGUAGGCGAUAUUACCAACAAGAUUCGCUGCAACCCCACCACUGGUGCUAUGGAAUGGUGGCCUGGGAUCGUGCUGAAGACUGGGUGCAAUGUCGACGCAUCGAAUUUCCCUUUUGACAAGCAAAAGUGCAAGGUAACAUUCACAAACUGGGGGUUCAAAAACACAGAAGUGCGCUUUGUCUUAUCGUCCUCUUCCGUAAAUCUUGAAAACUACCGGGAGAAUGAGGAAUGGAGUAUCGAAACGACCAUCCUAGAGAUGGAAGAUAUUAACAACAUCAAUUAUGCCACGUACACCGUUACACUUGCCAGGCGCUCACUUUUCUUUCUCGCUAACCUGGUUUUCCCCAUUCUUAUUCUCAGUCUCCUUAACGCUAUUGUCUUCCUACUUCCCACCAGCGACAGGGGAAAGGAUCUCGUAUUCUAUCACGGCAUUCAUGUCGUUCGCAGUGUACUUGACCUUGACCUCUGA